UUCUCAGUAAUCCUAGAAACAGAAAACAACAGGAAGAUGUCUUUCUGAGACAGGCCCCCUUCAACUUGACCAUGAGUCAAACACAGAAGAAGAAUUCCUCAAAUGGAGAAACUAAACCCCGGACCUCAUUUGUCAACAAAUUCCUCAGGGGCUCAAAAUUCAUGUCCUCCAAACCUGAAAGCAGAAAAGAGAGCAAUGACCUUGAAACAACUGAUUUCCAACCCUGCAACGAGGCACAGAAAACAGCCACCUUAGAUACUGCUCAGCCUCUCACUUCAGAAACGGAAUGGGGACCCAACAUGGAGGAAAAGGAGCAGUUCCUGCAGAAGCUGGGCAGAACGGCCGUGGACAAGUGUCUAGAUCUGAACAACUGCAGGCUGACGUCGGCCGACUUGAGGGAAGCGGUUGCUUUGCUGCCUCUUCUCCCAGACUUGGAAAAACUGGAUAUUUCCUGGAAUGAUUCUGUAGGUGGAAACCUCCAUUCAGUCACACAGCACCUGCAUCUCCUCAGCAAGUUAAAAAUCCUGAGGCUGGGAAGUUGCAGACUUACCACGGAUGAUGUGCAAGCCCUGGGAGAAGCACUCGGGGGCAUAACUGACCUGCAGGAGCUGAACUUGUCCUGGAACAGUGAAGUGGGGGGGCACUUGCCUCUGACCCUCCGGAAGUUCCAAGAAGGGAGCAAGAUACAAAUGCUUGAGCUUGUGGAUUGUGACCUCACAUCUGAAGAUGGGGCAUUUGUGGGUCAGUUGCUACCCAUGAUGCAAAAUCUCGAAGUCCUUGACCUUUCCCUUAACAGAAAUAUCGGUGCCAGUCUGAACAGUAUUGCUCAGGGAUUAAGAAGUACCUCAAAUCUGAAAGUACUGAAGUUACACUCAUGUGGGCUAUCACAAGAGAGUGUCAAACUGCUGGAUGCUGCUUUUAGGUACUUGGGUGGACUGAAGAAAUUAGACCUUUCCUGCAACAGGGAACUGGGGGGAGGUUUUGAAGACUCAUCAGCUCCGCUGGCCACGUUGGAGCAUCUAGAAGUUUUGGAUCUUCACCAGUGCUCACUCACGGCCAAUGACGUGGCAUCGCUGACCCAGGUAAUCCCUUUACUCUCCAGUCUUCAAGAGUUGGAUUUAUCUGCCAACAAGAAGAUGGGCAGCUCUUCUGAAAACCUCCUCAGCCGGCUCCGAUUUUUACCAGCACUGAAGUCCUUACUCAUCAACAGCUGUGCUCUGGAGAGUGAGACGUUUACUGCCCUGGCUGAAGCCUCUGCUUACCUCCACGCUCUGGAAAUAUUCGACCUCUCUUGGAAUAAAUGUAUUGGUGGCAACCUGAAGCUGCUUCUGGAAACACUGAAGUUCUUAGCGUCCCUUCGCGUGCUGAGACUGAGCAGCUGUGGCCUGGUGACGGAGGACGUGGCUCUCCUGGCAUCGGUAAUACAUUCAGGUCACCUGGCCAAGCUACGGGAGCUCGACCUGAGCUAUAAUGACGGCAUCUGUAAUGCAGGAUGGGCCAUCUUCUGCCAAAAUGUGUGGUUCCUCAAAGAGCUGACCGAGCUGGAUAUUAGCCUUCGGCCAUCAAUUUCUCGAGAUUGUGGACAAUGGUUUGGACACUUGUUAAAGGCUAUCACCAAACUUUCCAAGAUCACGGAGAUAGGAAUGAGAAGAUGGAUCCUCCUCACUUCACAGGAGGAAGAACUAGAACAUUUUUACCAAGAUCACAGACACAGCAUUCACUUUGACCUCGGUGAGUUUCAGGAAGCUGAUUUCCCAAGGCUUAACUAAGCUAUAAACCAUUAUCUGAAGGAGGAAAAGAACAUGAAUGAAUCUUAGUGUAAUCAAAGGCGUAUCAGCUUCUGGGCUGUUUAAUGGGAUUGAUGUUAAUGAAAGUUGUGUAAAUAUGUAGAUGGUAAUCUAAUGUAAGUACAACUUUACUUUCCAAUGGCAAAGAUUAUGUGUUUCCAUGGAGUUUCAUUUAUUCCAGACAUAUAGUUCACUUAGUGUUUAGAAGGCCUGCCAAAAAUGUUUAGAAUCUGGUAAUACCUUUUUUCUUGACCUAGAAUUUUCUCUGUCUUCUUUUCCCAUGUGAUAAAUGUUCUAAAUACAAGUGCGUGUGUGUGUAUGUGUAAGUGUGUGCGUGAAAUUCUAAUGUGAAAGGCACUAGCUAUGAUAGUUUCAUGCUAUCUUUACUAUUAUAUGUGUCUUAAUGUAAUCUAUUUGCAUUUUUGUCAGAAAGUAUACUCUUCCCUGGUUUAUUAUUUUAUGUUCUGGUGCUUUUUAUCUCAGAUAUAAACCAUGAACACUAAUAAUGGUCACAGACAUAUAAAUCUUAAUAAAAAGUGGUCAAACUUUGAAACCCAGUAUCAAAAACACAUCUUAAUAAAAUAAAGUAAAACCUUUUAUUGCUAAAAUAAAAUAACAUUAGCUCUGGGCACUUUUUGGUAUGGACUAUUCUAUGUAAAAUCUAUUUAAUUUGUUAAUUAAA